AUGCGCUCCCGAAUUGAGAUUGUAGAAAUCAAAGCUCCAAAAUCAACCACAGUAUCGACGUUGAACAACACCAAGGUCCGCGCUCUCGAGAAGCAAAUUCAUAACCAAGCGAAACAGAUCGAGAACCUGCGUCAAGAGUGCCAAGAUCUUAGAGAUAAAGCGGCACAGGUGCUGGAGAAGUACGAAGAGACACGAAGGACUUUGAGGAAAGCUCUGGAGGAGGUCAAAAUCCGUACGGCCGAUCGCGACACAUGCCAGCGGCAAGUGGAGAAACUGCAGGCGGAGCUGACUGAGCAGAGGGCCCGGCAGAGGAAGACGACUCAAGGGGAGAAAAUCUGCAAUUAUCAAACUAAAGUCAUCAAAAAGAAGACGCAGGCGGCGAGUAAAGAGCUGCCAAGUCGAGGGCGAAACAAAACCGUUGAGUUAGGCAUCAGUGGCAGAGGUUUGUAA